CGUUAUCUUGUUUUUCCAAUUGCUUUAUUUAAUGUUCUUGUUCAUCAUCAACAACAUCGUAAUCCUUUUCAAGAUAACCAACCCCACCCCCCCGUCAUUCCUCAAAUUUUUAAUUUUCCCCCUCCAAACCAACCUCUGAUCAGAUCUCUUCUCCCUUCUGCCCAUGUACCACCACAACUUUCUAAAUCCAAAAACAAUUCUUCCAAGUAUUUAAAUUAAUUAAUUGAUAAAAUAAUAAUUAAGAAGAUGAUGACAAGGCAAAAUCCUCAAGAUCAACAAUCUAGGGUUUUCUACGAAUUAUCCGCUUUGAUUUUAAACCUAAUCCGGUACCCACCGGUUCCGGUUCAGUAUUCCGGCGAGGUGCGACGGCAGCCGAGAGCGGCGCCGUUAUCUCAGAUAACGCCGGCGGGAUUUGCGUCGAUGUUGUUAGGGGUGUCGUUGGCGUUGAUGUUAUGUGGGUCGAUAACGUUUUUAAUAGGGUUUAUAUUGAUGCCGUGGGUGCUUGGCUUGGUUAUGCUGUUUUAUAUAGCUGGAAUUGUUUCCAGUUUGUCUAUCCUCGGCAGAGCUAUCUUCUAUCAUACUCUUUCUCCUGCUCCUUCUCCCAGAAAAUCAACUGUUCCUGCGUGGAAACUGUUGUGAGACGGGAGGGUGAUUAAACUUCCUAGAAGAUGGUGGAUAGUACACCAUGAAUGUAGCUUCUGAGGAGGUGCUACUUUGAGGCAGUGAGAAUGCAGAAGGUAAAUGGGAAUGAAUGAAGCCUGAGCUUCUUGAAGUAUUAGAGCAGGAAGGAACUCUGGUUGUUAAAGAUUGUUUAAGAAGACAUACAAUAUAUAUAAAUAUAUAUAGACUUUAAAGUUAUUUUUUCUUAUACUAAGAAAUUUGGUGGUUGCCGUUGUGGUUGUGGUUUUGGGUGUGGGUGUGCAUUCUUUACUUGAGGAGGCGUAGGGGUUUAUUAGUUAUGUUUGUAAAGACUAGAACAUGCUGUUGGUAUAAUGAACUCAGUUCCUCGCUUGCUUUUACUUGUA